AAAUCUUUUGGGGCGAGGGAUGCAAAGACAAGAAAUUUUGUGGUUCUAUUGGUUUUCUUUCUAGUGGUAAUCCUUAGUCAUGAUCUUCUUACUAACAAUGGAAGAACAGAAGCUGUUGGAGGAUUUAAGUAAGAAAAGACAAACUCAGCGAAUUAGUAAGAGUGAGGAUUUUGACUCUGAGGAGACCAGGUUGAGAAAACAUGAUAGGCUCAGCAAAAGUUGCAGCCAUACCACCACCAAAGAAAACAAAGCAAAGGUAUCUGUUAAAAGGCUUCCUUCCGGGGUUUCCAUCAUUGGUUUCGGUAUAUACAAAGAGAAAGCACUGGAUGUAAUUGACAGAGUUGAAACCGUCAGAUAAUUCAAAGAAUAGUACACAUCAUCUUCAGCUGGCUAGACUGAUGGUGAUACACAUUCGCAUGCACUACAGUCCUAGGUCUUCUGAAAGACUGAAAGACAUAUACUGUAUGAAAUGUAAAUAACAUAAUAGAAGUAUUGCUAUUGCUAGUAUUUCUAUCCUGCAGGCUUUCAUGAGAUA